UGUCAGACGCCAACUUUGUUACGUUAUUAUUAGUUUUGUAACGGACCAGUGGGCCCCCAUCGGUCCAGAAAAAACGUUAAAUAAUUUAUGAAUCGAUGAUCCGUUAGAUGCAAUGGGUUUGCAGGUCAAAUGUAUUUUGGCGGAUUUUAUAUCACUGUUGUGUCACGCAGUGGGUCGUCUCUGGUGCACGUUUACAGAGGCUAGUGAGGAUGGUGGGGCGUGCUCGGGUUAAGAGAUUUUAGAUCGGGUGCGGGUCACAAAAAGUGGCUAGCACCAACAUGUGUGAUAGAAAAUAUGAUAGUGUGGCGCAGAAACGAAAAAACACAGCGUUUAAAAGAUCAGCGUGAGCUGGGUCUACUCAAAAAGAGCCCAAGACUACUUCUUUCAAGUCGGCUGGAUCGUCAUCCAGUCAGCCCGAGCCAGACCCCGGCCACGAGGUUACGGCUGCCUGAGCAGUAUGUCUCAAGACGGAAUCACCUGGCCCUGCUGCCCAUAGAAAGGUUAGAAAACCCUCUAAAGGUGGAUAACAGGCAGAUGAUACAGGACAAGCCAGCUGGAGCAGGGGUCAGCGGUCAGUUGAACAACAGUGGAAAUAUCUUUGCAGCUACUUGGCUUCUCCAGAGGCCUUCUUGCAGUCUCUCCAAAGUGUGCUCGCCCCAGGUGUGUCUCGUCCUCAUGGUAUUGAUCUGUGUGAAGUGGCUGGCAGCCAGCAAUGUCUCAAUAUUCCCAGGCAGCAGCAGUGCUGGGCACAGAGCAGGGCUGUGGACUGCAGAUGCCCUGCUGUGUAAAAGGAGAGACUUUGGCGGGUCUACAGCUACAGUCCUGAUGGCGCAAAGGCUACCCAGACACCAGGGAUGCUGCUCUGGGAGCUGGCAGAGAGCCAGAGUGUCAGAACCUGAGGCGGAGCGCGCUGUUUCCCUGAAAGCUGGGGCUGUGCAAUACUUUGCGCCACACUCUCAUCAAUUAUCCCAUUAUCCUGCAACAGAGGAAGACGCUGGAUUGGCUGGAACUGCGGUGAGAGAGCGUAGAUUCCAGUCCGGGGCUCCCGUCAGGAAGGCCAGGCGAAUGUGCUCAGAAGCCAUGAAUGGAGCUGUCCUGUGUGAAUAAUUAAUACUGAGCAAUGAAUACAGCAGUGUUUGUGUUUUGUGUAGCUUCUCCGGCACUCUGGGUGUUUGCAGGCUGCAAUGGUUUUUAUUCACUGUACAGAGUUUGUGCUCUGCGUCCUUCUCCAGGAGAGAAAAGGCGUAGCUCUCACCAUUAAGAGGGGGCGCUGUCGUUUUCAAUAGGGGGCUGUGUGGCUUUUGUUCUUAAUCACCAGUGCAGUUUUGGCUGCACUCUGAAUAAUAUCCUCCUUCUCAGGUUGUAAUGAAAGCUUAAACACGAAUAUAUAAUGUUACUGCGCUACUACAUCUUAACAAGAGCCUACAAGAAGCAUGAAGCAGGUCUGCUAAGGCUCACUGAACCAAUAUCCUGCUGCAUUCCCUUUACCCCUCUGCUGAUCUUAGAAACCCAGAAUGUUUGUAAACAUCACUUCUUUUCUCUCUCUGUCUGAGAGGGUCUGUCUGCUCCGAUGGUGUCUUGAGCGCUACUGUGAGAGAACGAGAGAGGGAGAGCGAGGAGUGUGUGUGCGUGCGUAUGUGUGUGUGUGCGCUUGGAAGGGGCGGCUGAGAAAGCGAAUGAGAGAGAGAGAGAGGGCGAGCGAGCAGGAGAGCCGAGAAGGAGAGAGAGAGGGGAGAGAUGCUGGAACAGAGGAUGAGAUUCACUCCUGCACUUUCUAUGUAGGAUAUGAUAGGAUUGCGGAAGAGGGAUGGCUUCUGCCUUCGUUUUUUUAAAGAUACUUUUUCUUUCUCCUCUCUUCUUCCAAACUGGACAGUUUCACCCCAUGUGUCUCCAGCUUUUUUCCAAGGCGUGCUAAAGGAACUCCAUACAAGGAAUUGAGUGGCCUAAACUCCAAGCUUCUGGCCUAACAAGAGCUGUAAUUUUAGUAGAGAGAGCCCCCCCCCCCCCACGGUCAGGACUGGAGAGAGAGGGACUCCCACACAUUGAAGGCCGAAGAUCUAAAGAGAAAGAGCGAGAGGGGAGGAGUGUGAGAGAGGGAAAAUUGUCUAUCUUGCAACUCCUGAAACCAUCAUCACAAUUUAAUGUGAAUCUGAAAGCCACAGGACUGCAUCACAUUUGCGUUCUGACAGAGAGAGAGAGAAAGAGAGACUGGAAUUGUCUGCAGAGGACCAGAAGCGUUUCUCCCAAGGUCUUCCCAGUGUGUGUGUUUUUUUUUGUUGUCAAAAUUAUUUUAGCAGUUCUCUUUGGAUCUGUGUGGAUGCGGUAUUCCAGAUGUGUGAGUUCUGGCGCUGCUGAUGGCCCAGCCAGCUGUGCAGAUUUCCCAGCGGGCUUCAGUCCUCACCAGGGCUCCCUUCAUGAAGACAAGAGCACCCUUCUGCCGCUGGUGAAAUUGCCUCCCUGGUUCUUCAGGGGGACAAGAGCUUCGUAGUGUAAACCAGACGGCAUUCUUGACUCUUCAUAGCUCGGAUGACCAGAGUGCAAAGGGCCGUUGGUUUUCCCUUCAGUUGGGGAACGUCUAGUACAGAGUCGGGUUUCCCUGUUCUUGCCUGAUCCACGGCACCUCUUGCCAACUCCAACCUAACGCGUCUUUCCGAAGACAUUGCUAGCGAGCCAGAAUGGCGGCCGGCGUGGCCACGUGGCUCCCCUUUGCCCGGGCCGCGGCAGUGGGCUGGCUGCCCCUGGCCAAGAAGUCCAUGCCCAAGCCCCCGGUGGACAAGAAGAGCCGGAACGACGAGAUCCUCUUUGUCAACGUGAGCGGGCUGCGCUUCCAGACCUGGAAGAACACCCUGGACCGCUACCCCGACACCCUGCUGGGCAGCUCGGAGAAGGAGUUCUUCUUCAACGAGGAGACGCAGGAGUACUUCUUUGACCGGGACCCGGAGAUGUUCCGGCACGUCCUCAACUUCUACCGGACCGGCAAGCUCCACUACCCGCGGCACGAGUGCAUCCAGGCCUUCGACGAGGAGCUGGCCUUUUACGGCAUCGUCCCCGAGAUCAUCGGCGACUGCUGCAUGGAGGAGUACCGCGACCGCAAGAAGGAGAACCUGGAGCGGCUGGCGGAGGACACGGAGGCCGAGAUGGCCACGGACACGCCCCUGCCGCCCGACAGCACGUCCCGCGAGCGGCUGUGGAGGGCGUUCGAGAACCCGCACACCAGCACCAUGGCGCUGGUCUUCUACUACGUCACCGGCUUCUUCAUCGCCGUCUCCGUCAUCGCCAACGUGGUGGAGACCGUGCCCUGCCGCCCGCCCAAGGGCCGCGUGAAGGACCUGCCCUGCGGGGAGAAGUACUCGCUGGCCUUCUUCUGCAUGGACACGGCCUGCGUGCUCAUCUUCACCUUCGAGUACCUGAUGCGCCUCUUCGCCGCCCCGAGCCGCUGCAAGUUCAUGCGCUCGGUGAUGAGCGUCAUCGACGUGGUGGCCAUCAUGCCCUACUACAUCGGGCUGGUCAUGCCCGAGAACGAGGACGUGAGCGGCGCCUUCGUCACCCUGCGCGUCUUCCGCGUCUUUCGGAUUUUCAAGUUCUCGCGCCACUCGCAGGGCCUGCGCAUCCUGGGCUACACCCUGAAGAGCUGCGCCUCCGAGCUGGGCUUCCUGCUCUUCUCCCUCACCAUGGCCAUCAUCAUCUUCGCCACCGUCAUGUUCUACGCCGAGAAAGGGACCAAGGGCACAAACUUCACCAGCAUCCCGGCCGCGUUCUGGUACACCAUCGUCACCAUGACAACGCUAGGCUAUGGGGACAUGGUGCCCAAUACCAUCGCGGGGAAGAUCUUUGGGUCGAUUUGUUCGCUGAGUGGCGUGCUGGUCAUUGCUCUGCCCGUGCCCGUCAUCGUGUCCAACUUCAGCCGCAUCUACCACCAGAACCAGCGGGCAGACAAGAGACGGGCGCAGCAGAAAGUGAGACUCGCAAGGAUCCGCUUGGCCAAGACAGGGACCACCAAUGCCUUCCUGCAGUACAAGGAGCAUGGAGGUCUGGAGCAGAACAGGAACAGAGGUACCCAGGCCCUGUGUGUGAAGAACACAUCUUCCUUUGAACAGCAGCAUCACCACCUGCUGCACUGCCUGGAGAAGACCACUAAUCACGAGUUCACGGACGAGCACACGUACAGCGAGGUGUGCAUGGCGGAGUCGAUGGGCUACAGGACCAGCCGCAGCACCUCCCUGUCCAGCCAGCAGGGCCUGUCCACCUCCUGCUGCCCGCGCCGCGCCAAGAGGAGGGCCAUCCGCCUGGCCAACUCCACGGUGUCAGUCAGCCGGGGCAGCGUGCAGGAGCUGGACACGCUGCACGGACACAAGACCAGCGGGGUGCCGCAGAGCCGCUCCAGUCUGAACGCCAGGACCCAGGACAUGAAGCUGAACUGUGACGAUUCGGACUUCACCGCCGCCAUUAUCAGCAUCCCCACGCCGCCGGCCAACACCCCCGAUGAGAGCCUGCCGCCCUCGCCCGCCAUCGCCGGCAUCCUGCGCAACUCGCAGCAGCCCGGCAGCUCCUCCAGCUCCUACACCCAUGAAACCGUCAAGAUCUCGUCGUUGUAACCCCUGCCUGGCACUCUCUCUCCACGGGGAGAGGGGCAGAGGGAGGGAGUCCGGGCGACGGGGAUCUUAAAGCAAAUCACCGCGGCGGACAAACUUCUAGAGGGAAGGCAGGAACACGCAGCCGUGUUCCAGCAGCAACAACAACAACAACAACAAAACACAAAACAACUUUUCUACAGGAUCGAACAUGCGGUGGAAAAACAUAAUGUUGCUUCCUCAAUCACGGGACAAAAGGAAUUCAGAAGAAACUUUUAAUCCGGUUGACAAGGGAAAACGAUAAAUUAAACAGAAAAAACGCUAUAAGGUACUGACGCACGGCGGGAAGAAGCACCGCGAGGAAGCCGGAAGGGGCGGGGACUCUUGUAGAAAUGGCGGAUGUGACGGAGCCGGGCGAGAGGACUCCGCAGACGCCUUCUCAGGGCAGGAAGAGGACAGCGAUAGUGAGAACUGGAGAGGGAGCGGUUUAUUCGGAGGUAGAAAUACUUGCUUCCGCCGAGGAAAGUCACUUUUACGAUAUGCAAACUAAACACAAACACAAGAAGCCAGCCAGUGGAGUAAGGCAGGUUCAUAACUGAAAUGCUAGAUUUAAAUAAAAGCUUCCAGGGCAACGCAUAGAGACGAAAAUACAAAUUGAAAUAUAUAUAUAAAUGCAAAUUUACACAGAAAGAUACUGUAUUCCGCAUUAGAUGUAGUCACACGAGGACCAGAAAAUCAACCCGAAGGAGAAAUCUAGUUGAAGUGUUCUACCGGAUUUUGUAUCGCGCUUCCGAGACUCACACGCAUCUCCUAGACCUUGCGGACAGAGAGUCCCGGCGGCGCGCUGACUCGCUCGCUAUCAUUGCAUGCUGUUGUCGGCCGGGGAGAGGAGGGCGCCCCGCCGCCUGUUGCAUGUUAAAACGAGUUCUUUUUUUCAAUUGUUAUUUUUUUCUUUCUGAUCACAACGACAAAAAAAAAACUAAAACUUUAAAAAAAAAGAGAGACAAUUUCAAAUGCUGUGCAGGAAUUGUAACUUUUAAGAAAAAAAUGAAAAAGACAUUCAGGCAUGAUCCUCGUGGCCGGGGGGGAGCCGCGAGAGCUCGUGUUGCCUCGUCACCCAUAUGCAUGGAUACCGUUGUAGGUAUUUUAAAUGUUUUCUCCUUGUUAAAUAAAACGGAAAGGAUGAAGGGA